AUGAACCCCCCUUCAGGACCAAGAGCCCCCCUGGACCCAGCCCGGGAGCCUGGCUGCACGGCCACCCCGGUCUCACCCAGCAGCACCUCCAGCGUGGACCCCCCUCCGCCCACCAGCCCCACGGCGGCCGGGGCGCAGGCCGCGGCCUGGGCCUUCCCCACCGUGGACGUGCCGGACCACGCCCACUACACCCUGGGCGCGGUGAUCCUGCUGGUGGGCCUCACCGGGAUGCUGGGCAAUCUGACCGUCAUCUACACCUUCUGCAGGAGCAGAGGCCUGAGGACGCCAGCCAACAUGUUCAUCAUCAACCUGGCGGUCAGCGACUUCCUCAUGUGCUUUACGCAGGCGCCCGUGGUCUUCGCCAGCAGCCUGCACAAGCGCUGGCUCUUCGGGGAGGCAGGCUGUGAGUUCUAUGCCUUCUGUGGGGCUCUCUUUGGCAUCACCUCCAUGAUCACCCUCACGGCCAUUGCCCUGGACCGCUACCUGGUGAUCACGCGCCCACUGGCCAUCGGCGUGGUGUCCAAGAGGCGGGCGGCGCUGGUCCUGCUGGGCGUCUGGCUCUACGCCCUGGCCUGGAGCCUGCCGCCUUUCUUUGGCUGGAGUGCCUACGUGCCCGAGGGCCUGCUGACCUCCUGCUCCUGGGACUACAUGAGCUUCACGCCCUCUGUCCGCUCCUACACCAUGCUGCUCUUCUGCUUCGUGUUCUUCCUCCCCCUGCUGGUCAUCAUCUACUGCUACGUCUUCAUCUUCAGGGCCAUUCGGGAGACAGGCCAGGCUCUCCAGACGUUCGGAGCCUGCGAGGGCCGCAGUGAACCGCCCCGACAGCGGCAGGGGCUGCAGAGUGAGUGGAAAAUGGCCAAGAUUGUGCUGCUGGUCAUUCUUCUCUUUGUGCUCUCCUGGGCCCCCUACUCCACCGUGGCCCUGAUGGCCUUUGCUGGGUACGCUCACGUCCUGACGCCCUACAUGAACUCAGUGCCAGCCAUCAUCGCCAAGGCCUCUGCCAUCCACAACCCUAUCAUCUACGCCAUCACCCACCCCAAGUACAGAAUGGCCAUCGCCCAGCACCUGCCCUGCCUAGGCCUGCUGCUGCGGGUGUCGGGGCAGCGCGCCGGCUCUUACGCCAGCUACCGCUCCACCCACCGCUCCACGCUGAGCAGCCAGGCCUCAGACCUCAGCUGGGUGUCCCGACGGAGACGCCAGGAGUCCGUGGGCUCUGAGAGUGAGAUGGGCUGGACGGACACAGAGGCGGCGGCCAUAUGGGGGGCUGCCCAGCAAGGGAGCGGCCUGGCCCCCUGCGGUCAGGGCCUAGAGGACAUGGAAACCCAGGCCCCUGCCCAGUCCCCAGCCACGUCCCUCGGACACGCAGCAGAGGAUCCCCGGAAGACCAAGGGGCUGCUCCCUAGCCUGGACCCCAGGACGUAG